GCGCCGCCCGAGCCGAGCCGAGCGGAGCCGCGGGAGCGGAGGGGCGGCCGCGGGGCCGCCGCUGCCGCCGCCACCAGCGGCCCCUGCAGGUCCCAUCCGCGCGCUCCGGGGGGACCGGGGGGUUUCCCGCGGGGAGGAUCCGCCCUGGGGCUGCUCCAAGAUGCACAGGACCACCCGGAUAAAGAUCACCGAGCUGAACCCCCACCUGAUGUGCGCCCUCUGCGGCGGCUACUUCAUCGACGCCACCACCAUCGUGGAGUGCCUGCACUCCUUCUGCAAAACCUGCAUCGUUCGCUACCUGGAGACCAACAAGUACUGCCCCAUGUGCGACGUGCAGGUGCACAAAACCCGGCCCCUGCUCAGCAUCCGGUCAGACAAAACCCUCCAGGACAUCGUGUACAAGCUGGUCCCAGGGCUUUUCAAAGAUGAGAUGAAGAGGAGGCGUGACUUCUACGCUGCGUACCCGGUGGCCGAGGUUCCCCUGGGCUCGCAGGAGGAGCGUGGCGAGGUGGCCGAGCGGGACCAGGGCGUGGGGCCCGAGGACGAGAUCGUCAGUCUGUCCAUCGAGUUCCACCGCGACUGCAGUCCCUGUCCCGUGCCCGUCCCCAGGGAGGACCUGAAAGGCACCAUGGAGAACGGGGACCUGGACAAGGACAAGCCCGCGCCGUUCCCGCCGGGCCCCGGGCUGCGGUUCCUGCGCUGCCCCGCGGCCAUGACCGUGCUGCACCUGGCCAAGUUCCUGCGCAACAAGAUGGACGUGCCCAGCAAGUACCAGGUGGAGGUGCUGUAUGAGGACGAGCCCCUGAAAGAAUAUUACACCCUGAUGGACAUCGCCUACAUCUACCCCUGGAGGAGGAGCGGUCCCCUGGCACUCAAGUACCGCGUCCAGCCCUCCUGCAAGCGGCUCCAGCUGUGCCCGGCGCUGCCGUCCGAGGGCACCAACACCAGCGGCGCCUCCGAGUGCGAGUCCGGCAGCGACAAAGCGCAGAGCCCCGGGCUGGCAUCGCCCCCCGCCCCGCCCGGGCCCGGGCACGGCCCCCCCGGGCCCGCCCUCAACGGCUCCGCCUCGAACUGUCACCCGCUGCCACCCGGCUGUCACCCGCUGCCACCCGGCUGUCACCCGCUGCCACCCGGCUGUCACCCGCUGCCACCCGCCCGCGGCCGCAAAACCGCCCUGAACGGCAGCGCGGGCUCGGCCCUGAGCUAAAACCACCCUGGGAUUGCGGGAAAUCCUCCUGGGAUUGCGGGAAAUCCUCCUGGGAUUGCGGGAAAUCCUCCUGGGAUUCUGAAAAAAAUCAUCCCGGGACUCCAAAAAAAUCAUCCUGGGAUUCUGAAAAAAAUCAUCCUGGGACUCCAAAAAAAUCAUCCUGGGACUCCAAAAAAAUCAUCCUGGGAUUCUGAGAAAUCCUCAUGGGAUUCUGAGAAAUCCUCCUGGGACUCUGAAAAUCCUUCUGGGAGUCUGAGAAAUCCUCCUGGGAUUCUGAGAAAUCCUCCUGGGACUCUGAAAAUCCUCCUGGGACUCUGAAAAUCCUCUUGGGAUUCUGAGAAAUCCUCCUGGGACUCCAAAAAAUCCUCCUGGAACUGCUAAAAAUCCUCCUGGAAUUCCUAAAAUUCCUCCUGGAACUGCAAAAAAUCCUCCUGAAACUCCUGCAGACCCUCCAGGGACUGCACAAAACCCUCCUGGGAGUCCUAAAAAUCCUCCUGAGAUUCCUAAAAGUCCUUCAGGGAUUCCUGAAAAUCCUCCAGGAAUUCCUAAAAAUCCUCCAGGAAUUCCUUGGGAUGCUGCAGAUCCUCCAGGGGUUCCUAAAAUCCUCCAGGAAUUCCCAAAAAUCCCCCGGGGUGCUGCUCCGUGGCUGUGUACAUAGGGACAGAGCAGAGUUCUACGGAAUUAUUUUCUCAUUUCAGGCCGCGGGGAAGGCGCAGAGAGGUUUGGUGGAUAUUUUUAAACGCGCUUUGGGUUGGUUGGGUUCGGGAUUUUUGUUUGGUUUUGGGGUUUUUCGGGGGGGGUUUGAGGUUUGGGUUUGACUCGUGGAAGCUGCAUGGACCCCCCCCCCCCGCCGCUGCCCUGGAGCUGGGAGCUGACACAUCCCCAAAUUCCCACAUUCCCAAAUUCCAACAUUCCUGUGUUCCCAAAUUCCCUCAUUCCCAAAUUCCAACAUUCCCAUGUUCCCACAUUCCCUCAUUCCCAAAUCCAUAAAUUCCCAAAUUCCCACAUUCCCAAAUUCCCUCAUUCAUAAAUUCCAACAUUCCCACAUUCCCUCAUCCCCAAAUUCAUAAAUUCCCUCAUUCAUAAAUUCCCAAAUUCCCACAUUCCAGAAUUCCUAAAUUCCCAAAUUCCCACAUUCCCAAAUUCCUAAAUUUCUACAUUUUCACAUUCCCAAAUUCCAACAUUCCCAUGUUCCCACAUGCCUUCAUUCCCAAAUUCAUAAAUUCCUAAAUUCCUUCAUUCAUAAAUUCCCAAAUUUCAAAAUGAAUAAAUUCCCACAUUCCCAAAUUCCCACACUUCUGCAUCCCCAAAUUCCUGUAUUCCCACAUCCCCAAAUUCCAACAUUCCUGUGUUCCCAAAUUCCAACAUUCCCAUGUUCCCACAUUCCCUCAUUCCCAAAUCCAUAAAUUCCAAAAUUCCCACAUUCCCAAAUUCCCACAUUCCCAAAUUCCCCCAUUCCCCAUUCCCUCUUUUCCCAGAGGUUUUCCCUCUCCUUCUCCUCCUCCCUCCCCGCCGGGGCCGUGGUCACAGAGGUGAGGGCUGAGCAAAGAACCCAAACCCCAAAAAGCCCCCAAAAAAACCCCAAAACAAACAAAACCCCCCAAAACCAACCAACCAACCAAAAAAAAAAAAAAAAAAAAAAAAACCAAAAAACCAAA